AUGAAGGAUGAGUAUGUGCGGAAGAUCAAUGAGCAGUGGAGGUUCGACGAUGAUGUGGUAGUGAUGGAAGAGGAGCAAUGGGUAUUGAUUGAUGACUUUGACGCUCAGUAUAUUCCCUCGCGUCUUUCUCUAUUUGGGGAAUUGGAACUCAUUGGGUUAUCGGUGGACAAAGGCCACAUCCGCAACGCUGAACUGUAUGCCAACGCUAAACAGGAGUCUGGUCAAUGGGCACUUAUGGCAGCGUGGCACCAGACAACAUCAGCUUCAUCGCAACCCCAAACCUCUGCAGGCCCAGCGCCUCCACAACCUACUCCGUCAUACAAUCCCUCCCCUCAUUUAUCCCCAACUUCCAUGCGUCCACCCACUCCCUCCGUUUCACCCAUAGAUCUUAACUCGGGUCUUACGCAAACUCUCCUACAUUCCCCCGUGGUCGUGCCUCAAAUCACUGGCAUGCCAUUCCACAGCACAUUACCGUUCAACUAUACGCCGGGCCCCCAAGGUGUGCCGCAAUAUCCCAUCCCAAAUGGAACAUCCCAACCAUCUCAGCCAUCUCAGAUAUCCGUGGCGCAACAGUAUUACCGCAGCACCAAGUAUUACGGUGUACCUCGCAACAGCAUGAUGAUGAUGCCACCACCUCAAGCUUAUCACGGCCUCCAUAUGGCGAACAAUGCUGCGAAUGGGGCGCCGCCAGUGAUGAACAUGUCCACCAUGGGCAUGCCGUUGGAGUUGCCUCCUGCGAGACAAUGGCCACGUCAUAGCGGUGGUCAGGCAGAUAUAAAUGGCAACACUCCAAACGGUAAUCCAGCAGGUCCUCCUGUCAUGCAGCAUCACGUCAACUCGCCAAAUCUUGGCUCACCCAUACAUAUGAACGGGGAGUAUGAACCCUCAUCCAUCCCUGCAACAGUUGCCAUAACAUCAACCCUCGCUGCUGAUGGAUGUUCGUUAUCGAAGCCUUCCAGGAAACUCGACACCUCUGCUUCAGCACUCUCCCAUUCUAACUCACUCGCACCACCAUCAACUCCUUCAACGCCCACUUGUUCAUCACCUCAAUCUCCCUCGUCUCAACAAGCUGCUUCGAAGCCGUUCAAAUCGGUGACGGGUAUGAGCCCAGGGAUGCCUUCGAAUACCGUUUCGAGUGCGAUGAUGACGACGAUGUUAGCGAAUACAUUGAAGAAUACCCAUAUCAAGAGUGGGAAUACAAUGCCUGUCACUUCAAGGGCCGCCACACCGUUGGGGUCGGCCACUUCAUCGCCUCGUUCACGCUCUCAUCAUGGACACCCAUUACCUUCCACAUCAAUUUCUUCUUCUUCCCGUUCACCUGUUGGCCCUCAGCUCGCCAUGAAUACAUCUUUCUCUUCACCCACAUCCUCCACCUCAUCAACUCCCAAUUCCACACUACUCUCAAAGUCACCCACUCCUAUCUCCACCCACACCCACCCUACAACUAACUCAACUUCGAUGACAGCAUCGUCGCCAUCAUCAUUAACAAUGAUGUCGCCGUGUCCCGCACCCGUAACGGGUUCCGUACCACCAGCGAAGAUGGGACAGUCACCGCAAACAAAACAUUACUUGCCGAAGCAGCAGACGCCUCCACAACUGGUGGAGUGCAAGUUGCGUGUCAAUGUAUGGACAGAGGAUCGGUGGACUCGCGAUGACGACGACAUCAAAUUGAGCUCGAGUUGA